AUGCUGCACUAUUUUGGCUUCGGCAACACCUCUUCUCCUUCCCCCAAGGGAGAAGUAAAGGCCGCCCCAGUGCGCGCUCUGCCCGCAUCAUGGUAUACUUCACCAGAGAUGUAUGAAUUGGAGCGUCGUGCUAUAUUUUCCAAGAGAUGGCUCUUUAUGACCCACAGCUCGCGGAUAAAGGAGCCUGGUGACUGGCUCCGCUAUGAGAUUGCGGGGUUCGAUUUCAUCAUUACUCGUGACCGACAAGGCAACGUCAAUGCAUUUCACAACGUAUGCCGACAUCGUGCGUACCCGGUUAUCGAAAAGCAGGGUUCGGGAAAUUCCAAAAUCUUGGCCUGCCGAUAUCACGGCUGGUCCUAUGGAUUGAAUGGCAAACUCGCCAAAGCUACCGGAUAUCAAGACCUGGAUGGAUUUGACAAGGAGCAAAAUGGUCUUUUUCGGAUCCAUGUCAAGGUCGAUGUCAAUGGAUUUAUUUGGGUUAACCUAGAUGCGAAGGAAGUCCCCGAAGUGUCAUGGGAGGAGCACUUCCGGGAUGUUGACAAGCAAGAGCGGUACAAUGCCUACAAUUUCGACGACUACGAUUUUGAUCAUGCCUAUGAGCUAGAGGGCCACUACAACUGGAAGAUUCUGGCCGAUAAUUUCAAUGAAUGUUACCACUGCCCUACGACACACGCCGAUAUUCCUGAGUUUCUCAAUCUUGAAUCUUUCGACAGCGACCUGAAAGACGGACAUAUUCAACACCACUGCGUUUCUACACCAGAGCAAAUUGCAAAAGGUCUUUAUACUGCUAGUACCUACUACUUCCCCGUGUCUGCCAUGGUUGCUUCGCCUCAUUUUAUAAUGGUCCAGAAAUUCCUCCCCAAGAGCCCCAACAGCUCCCAGAUGGCCUACGAGAUCUACCGAAACAGGAAUUCCUCUGAGGCUGAUUUCAAGCUCAUCAGCGACAUGUACGCGCGCGUCAUGGGAGAAGACAAGGUUCUCUGCAACAAUACACAAAAGAACCUCGAUCGUAAUGUUUUUACCAACGGUCAACUUCACCCUAAGUAUGAGAAGGCGCCGCUAUUUUUCCAGACCACAGUUCGUGAGGUAAUCACAGAACAUUUUGAGCGCGAGAAAUCCGAAGGACGGGAGAUUUGGCCGGCGAAACCGAAGUUGCCAUGCAACGCGCUGGUGAGUGAGAAGGAUGAGGAGAUCUGCGCAGCUCUCAGCUGCGGGAUCCAGAAAGGGAUUUUGGCUUGGUGA